AUGCCAAAAGAACUUUACGACCGACUGCAUGUCCCCAAAAUGGCGUGUAAACCGCAAAACUACAGUAAACAUCAAUCAGGCAUAUUCAAAGCCUCUUUCGAGGACGAUAUAGAAACUGUUACGGAGUUCAUUGAGAAAGAAACUCAUCUGAAUAUCCGAAACUGGCGAGGAGACACGCCACUAACAUGUGCCAUACGCGGUCGAGCUGACAAUACAAUCGACUGGUUAUUGGAGAACAAGGCUAGCCCGGAAUUCGGAGGGUGGUUGUAUGAACCGCCAAUCGUAGCCGCUACUGCAAUCAACAACGAGUCCGCAGUAGAAACUCUGCUGAGAAAGGAGAUAGAUGUAGACGGUGUCGACGAGCGUGGCUGGACCGCAGUGUUGAUUGCUGCUAAAGCAGGCUUUUACUCGUUAACGAAGAGGCUCAUCAAUUUCGGUGCAGACUUGAGUCUGCGUUCCAAACAGGGUGACUCUGUCACUUAUUGGGUGGCAAAGAAUAAUUGGGAGGACGUUUAUGAGCGGAUAACGCAAGAGUCAAACUUCAAAUACCUCUUCCAAGAUGCGAUGGAAUUCGCGGAAGAACAAGACGAGGAGCAACUGCCUGCUCUCUUGAAGAACAAGGAUCAAAAUGUGAAUACAAGAAGACCUCCUGCCUCGCCCGAAGGACCGCCUGCCAAAAAAACCUGUCAAUAA